AGCGGUUGUUGAACCUUGGCUUAGGCAAGCUCCAACUGCAACGCGCAGCUUCGAGUUGCCUAACGAAUGAAGCUCCCUCGUCAAACAUCACCAAAAUCCGUCGAGCUUCAUUCCACCGCAAUUCACCCUCCAAACUUACAGAACACACACACUUAGUCCGCCACCCACAUAAGAUACAACAUGACGUCGAUAGGAACGGGCUACGAUCUCGCCAACUCCAUCUUCUCGCCGGACGGACGUAACUUCCAGGUCGAAUAUGCGGUGAAGGCGGUAGAGAACGGCGGAACCUCCGUCGGCAUCCGAUGCAAGGACGGCGUGGUCCUGGCCGUCGAGAAGGUCGUCACAUCCAAGCUACUAAAGCCCGGCGCAAACAAGCGGAUCGGGACCGUCGACCGACAUCUAGGAGUUGUCUUCUCCGGCAUGGUACCCGACGGCCAGCACUUCGUCGACCGCGCCCGGGACGAGGCCCGAUCCUGGCGUGAUACCUUCAAGACGCCGAUCUCGACAUCCGACCUCGCUAGCCGUAUGGGGGGAUACCUACAAGCGUACACGCUGUACCAAUCCGUCCGACCCUUCGGCAUCACCGCCAUCAUUGGCGGCUUCGACUCCGAGCUCGAGGCUCCGGUCGACGGGGAAGUAGGAUCAGGUCCGUCCGUCGGCGCCGGCGGCAAGGUCGAGGGCAAGCGGCACGGCGGGCCGGGCCUGUACAUGAUCGAGCCGAGCGGGAUGUACUGGGGGUACUACGGCGCGGCCACGGGGAAGGGGCGACAGGCGGCGAAAGCGGAACUAGAGAAGCUGAACCUAGCCGAGGGCACGCUGGACCUCAAGCAAGCCGUCAAGGAGGCCGCGCGCAUCAUCUACGUGGCGCAGCAGGACAACAAGGACAAGGAGUUCGAGCUCGAGAUGAGCUGGAUCAGCGGCGUCGACGGCCCCACCAAGGGCCGGCACCAGGACGUGCCGAAGGAGCUGCUGGAAGAGGCCGAGCGUCUGGCUAAGAAGGCUAUUUCCGAAGACGAUGAGGAUGAGGACGAGGAUGAUAAGAUGGAGGGAUAGAUGGACUGUCUGGCCGAACGAAAAUUGGGCUUGUACUUUUACGAUGGCGUGGCGAGGCGCUCGUGAUUGGGCGAUGGUUAUAGAGUAAUUCCAUCUACGAGCCAUGGUUCUAAACUGGAAGCUGUGUGUGAUGGUCCUGGCUUAUUGCAUCCUGUUCUAUGAGACCAGCUGAGUUGAUGAAAUGAAAUUUUGAUGACACGCCUUGCUUCUUUCCUCUCGCACUUAAGUCUAAUAUUCCUUACAGCAUCAAAAACUACGAUACAU